GAAUAGUGAUGGACGAGCAACAAUUCCAACAGCUUCUCGAUAUGUUCCCAGUCGUCCGAUCUCGCGAUUAUCAUGCUGGCUCAGAGCAAUCAAGACGAUCAAAUUCAAAUUCAGCAAAGGAUGAGCUAACAAAAUGGCAAGAUGCAUGGGGUGAGGCUGAUAAGCAAGAAAGCGAAACUCAAGGAAUUGAUAGAGAAGAUCCAUUUUGGAAUAAGCUGAGGUUGGCAGCAGAGAGAAAGGUGGGUGCAGCCAAUGCAGACAGAUUUUGCAAGGCAUUUCAAAGGGUCCAUGCAAAACUUGUGUAUGAAGAACUAAGUUCCGAUGCUGCUCGAAGGUUCAUAAAUUCAGCAACAAAUUGAAAGGAGUAGAUAUAAUCAUGGAAUCUUUGUAUGAUUUGUUGAAUUCUCAUGUUGUUUUAAGAUAUCUACAAAUGAUUCUAUUAAGGAAAUUUGGGAUCACAUUAUAGAAUGAAUUUACAGGACCUGUUUUUUCUUC